AUGGCUUCGAAUGCAGGCCCUUCACGGGGAAAGGCUUCAUCAGGCGAUCCGCAGAGCCUGGCGAUGAAGCUCUACGAUCAGUGUCUCUCCAGCUUCCCGGCAGACCAUCUCUUCUACCAGCAGGACUUGCUCAGCCUCGGAGUCAUACCAAACGAUGACCUGGCUCUGCUCUUGAGAUGCACCCAGAUUCUGGUCGACCAGAGCAUGCUUCGUCUGCUACAAGCGAAAGAUGACCGUCUUGCAUGGAAGAUUAUUGCGCAGUCAGAUGCUGAAAAAUUGCAGAAUCUCAAUGGUGAGGAACGUCUCGUUUACAAUGUAAUCCAUUCGACCGGGCGGAACGGUAUCUGGACCAAAAUCAUCAAGACGCGGACAAACCUGCAUCAAACGAUUAUGAAUCGGUGCCUGAAAACUCUUGAAGCAAAGAACUACGUCAAGUCUGUGCGGAAUGUCAAGUACCCUUCAAGAAAGAUAUAUAUGCUAUCGGGUCUACAGCCAAGCGAGGAAAUAACUGGAGGUGCGUGGUUCACAGACGGUGUACUAGAUGCAGAUUUCAUCCGUGGGCUCAGUGGCUGGAUUGAACACUGGGUCAGCGCAAGGAGCUGGAACUCCCCGGGAGCUGAAGACCAGCCAAAAGGAAAGAAGCGAAAGGCGCAGGCCGACGACUCGGAAACACAGUACAUUCCAUAUCUUCCGUCAUACCAGGGUCAUCCAACCACGGCUGACAUCACAAAGGCUAUAAAUGGAUCUGGGCUCACACCCGUAACCAUGGACGAAGGAAGCAUUUCUCAACUCCUGCAGAUGCUCUGUUAUGAUGGAAGACUGGUCUCCCUUCGAGAUGGAGCAGCGUACCGAAGCGUCAAAAAGCCGAAUGAGAUCUCCCUACAGCGCGACCUGGGUCUUCAGGGCCCUGAUGGAGGCGCCAAAGAAAGCUCAACAUUGGGAUCGAAUGGCAUGACCGACGCCCCCUGCGGCCGGUGUCCAGUUUUCUCUCUCUGUCAUCCCGGAGGCCCAGUAAACGCGGAGAACUGCGAAUAUUUCGACGAAUGGUUGAAAAGCUCUACAUUAUCUUUUUAA